AUGGAGUCGAAACAAAAGAUAUUCAUAGAACAAGUGAUAUCCCUCUCACUCAAUGCUCCAUUCCUCAAACCUAUAGCUAAAAUUACUAAAUUUGCAAAGGAUGUGAUGAAGAAUCGAAAGAAGUUGAAAAAAGCAUCUACUAUUGUGCUUAAUGAAUUGUGUUCUAGUGCCAUCAUUGAUAAAUUGCUAAUAAAGAUAAGAGAUCCUGGCCAAUUAACAUUGCCUUGUGAAUUUGGCAAUUCCAAUUCAAUAAAUUCUUUAGCCGAUUUGGGGGCUAGCAUAAAUCUUAUGCCAUAUUCUUUUUACAAGAAUCUCGUUCUAACCAAGCUACAAAACACAAGAAUGACAAUUCAAAUGGCGGAUCACUCAAUAACUUACCCAGGUGGCAUUGUUGAAUAUUUGUUGGUGAAGGUUGGGAAAUUUAUUUUUCCAGUGGAUUUUGUGGUGUUAGACAUGAAAGACGAUAAAGACCUUCCCAUAAUCUUAGGAAGAUCAUUUUUGAACACCAAAUAA